AUGUCUCGAUACGACGACUAUCGCCGUUCUACCGGCCACCUGGAGCAUGACUCCGACCGUUGGGACGCCGACCGUUUCUCUCGUGAGCGCCGCGAACGUCUGCACUCGCGCGGUCCCCCCGUGCUCGACCGACCCCGCCGCGUGGAAGAUGACCGCUUCGAAUACCGCAUGCAAGAAAAUGACCGAUAUGGUCCUCCUGCCCGCCGGUCGGACAGAUUCUACGAAGAUGACCAUCUCGUUCAUACUUCGGGCCCUCUCGUAACCUACGAUCGUCGACGAGAUAGUCCUCCGCCUCGACCCCGUCUUCUGCGACGCCAAUCGUCCUUGGACACCUUCGAUCGCAUCCCCUCGCGCAAGCUCGAUGAGUAUUACUACCACGACCCCCCCGCUCGCGCUCCGGUCCGUCCUCCCCGCGAACCGGAUUACUACGAGGAGAUUCGUGUCGCGGACCCCGAUCACUACGGCGAUGAAGAAUACCAUGAGCGUGAGCGCGAUCGCUUCCGGGACCGUCCCCGCCGCUCCACCAGCCGAUUCCCAACGCGGGUCGUUGAGGAAGUUGAGAUUGAGAAGCCAUACCCUCGAAAGGGCAAGACUCGGAUGCCUCGAAAGCUGGUCCACCCCGCGGCCGUUCGUGAGUUUGGUUACCCAUACGAGGAUGAGGGUGAUAUGGUCAUUAUCCAGGUCGCACUCUCCAAGGAGCAAAUCGACGAUGUCAUCAGCCGCAGUCGCCAGAUGAAGCACCGGACCGGUGGUAAGUGA